GACCUUCACUGAGACCUUGACAUGAUGGUGCACAAAUUAACAGCAGAUCACAGUUUUAACAGUUUAUUUUGGUAGACAGUCUGUUUCAGAAGAUCAAUCCAGAACGUUUUAUGUGUUCUGGACUCAAACAUUGGCUAUCAGUGGGCUUGGCUAACACGCUUCCUGAUGUCAGACAAUUGCUGACAGCACCUCAUCACAAGUGUCCUCCUUCACAACCACAUGUGCAUUAUUUUACCGCCGCUUCAGAGCUGAUAGCAUAAGAGCAACUGCCCUGAAAAACGAGAGACGCUUUCUCAAAAUGACUCACACGAGUUUCCACAUCGCUCUGCUUCUUCUGCUGUCUUCCAUGCAAUGGCUAGGAAGCUCUCUAGCCUCAAACCCUCUACACCAUUCAGCUUCGGUAGGUAAAGUUCCUGCCAUCAUCAGCAGUGAUCCUACCAUUACCAGUCUGUCCAAGAGACCCGUUCUCCAGCCCAAAGAAACAGUGCCGCCUAAGAUUGAGUGCACCUUGAAGAACCCUCAGGGCAAAGUGUGUGUGCGGGCCAGUUUGGGAGUGGAGUAUGUGGUCAGAGAAAACAAAAAGAACUAUUACUUCAACUUGAAUCCCGGCGCACUACAAGUCACAGGAUACUGUGGGAGCCAAAAGUCUAUUUUCUCCCUGGAUUUUGAUGGUGGACAUCUGGAGUUCACUUUCAUUAAGGAAGGCGAUGUUUCCUAUGUAAGCACUGUCAAAGCUCUUCUGAGACCUGUUGCCCCUUGUAAAAAUUGCCAGAAUAAAACCUACGUAGGAGUUGUAAGUAACGACAAGCUAUUCAAAGCAAAAAAUGGCCAAAGCUUCCAAUGCAAGUCUCAGACAACUCUGAUAAUGGCAAGCUACUUCAGAGUCAAACUGGUGCCACUGCAGAUUCAAGCCUUUGAUCUGGUUAAUGGAGCGUUUGGAAAAGAGGUUGAGUGCUGGGAUGAUUACAACAAACGCAUGAUCCCCAUAAUUCUGGGCGCUGUAGCUGCGGCCAUUUGCCUCGUUGCCAUUCUGACGUAUGUGCUUGUCCGAGAACGCCGUACCCAAGGCUAUGAACAACUCUGAGACAUGUGUAUUGUGAAGAUAAAUCAAGAGAUUUAAUUGUGUUUUACAUUGUGUGGUUAUUGCUUUAUAGUUUUAAAUGAUCUCAGGAAACAAUUAAAAUGCGACUGAUGUGAAAUACUGUUGAAAACGUGUUUACUGCAAUGGAUAAGUUACUUUUUGUAGAUUAUUUUUAUUCUAAUGUCUGAAGGUUUUGGGCCAUGACAAGAUGUGUACAUUAAAUGGAAUGGUUAUGACAAGUGCAGGAUUUUAUAUGUGAAUACCACACAUUUUUUGUAAAAUGCCAUGGGAAAAAAAUGCUGUUUUUGACCAAAUUAGUGGGUCAUUCCACGAAAUCGGUGCCUUUUCCACUUGGAAAAUUUGAAAAAUAAAAUAAGUUUAAAUCAA